CUCGGACUACCAUUUCCACUUGCGGAUAACACAAGAAAAUCUAUACCGCAAACAUAUGGCAAUCCUUAUAUAUGAACUGAACCAACAUUAGUACCCACAGAAUAAGAUUCUCACUAUCAUUUUCUAUGGGAAAAAUUAAUGUUCAUAUAUUACCAAUUCUUCAGUUGAUUGGGAAAAGAAGGCUGGAUUUUCUGGAACUGGGUGGAGGAACAGAGGAUUUGUGUAAUCUGGAUUCUCUUCAAUCAGCUGCAUGAGUAUUAAUCGAGAAGAAGAAGAAUUAGUAGUAUUAGUUGCAGAAAAAGAAGAUAAUUUGUUGGAGAAAAUUUCAAUUCUUAGUUGUAGAGAACCAUGGGUGUGGCUAUCUUCGCUCACGUCCAGCCUUCUGCAAAUGUCUUCAGCCUUCGUCAGAUUCAUUGUUCAUCGUCUUAUCUUCGAAUUCGCCCUAAUUUCUUUCCUGGUCGACGAUGGUUAGAUCCCAAAUUUCCCUCUCCCAGGCUUCACUGUUUCAGUUUAAGGUGUUCAUUGACCAAUACCGAUGUCUGCAAUUUGGUUGCAACUGAUGAGGAAGACCAUGAGGUUACCACGUCUGCUGAUUCAAAUUGUCCAGUCCCUACUGUUCAUUACAAAUGUGAUGCUUUGGAGACUGAAGCACUGAAUUUACUUGCUGGGGGCACUUAUGCGGACACUCUUUUGACAACAUUGCCUGUCCUAUCAGAGGAAGAGCAGAAUGCUAUUGCUGCAACUCCUGCUCAUCCGGCAGGACUCUAUGCUCUAUAUGCUAGUUGCUUGGCUGGGAACUUGGUGGAACAGCUUUGGAAUUUUGCUUGGCCUGCUGCCAUUGCAUUGCUUCAUCCAAGCCUUCUUCCUGUGGCUGUCAUGGGUUUUUUUGCAAAGCUUGCAGUAAUUGUUGGGGGCCCUCUGGUUGGCAAGCUCAUGGAUCAUUUUCCUAGAGUACCUGCAUAUAAUUGUUUAAGUUUUGUUCAGGCAGCUGCUCAAUUGUUGUCUGUUGGAAUGAUAAUUCACGCUCAUGCUAUUCAUCCAACUUCUGUGUCCUCUGUGCUAGUCCAACCUUGGUUUGCUGUACUUGUAUUAGCUGGGGCUAUUGAGAGACUUUCUGGACUGGCUCUGGGGGUUGCUGUGGAGCGUGAUUGGGUUGUCCUGUUAGCUGGGACAAACAGACCAAUUGCCCUUGCUCGAGCAAAUGCUGUUCUUAGCCGAAUUGAUCUUGUCUGUGAGAUUGCAGGAGCAUCACUAUUUGGUAUUUUCUUAUCUAAACAUGAACCAGUGACGUGCUUGAAGCUUGCUGCAAAUUUGAUGAUAUGGACACUGCCUGUUGUGGUUGUUCUCACAUGGCUGACCAACAAACUUUCUUCUGGAGUCCUGGACCAUGCAAAAUGUUCGCAAACCAGUUUCAGUAGUUCCUCUGCUGAAACUGUCCCAGAUGCUCAGAAUAUAGUGGGUAUGAGUAUAGAAGCUAUCCAGAAUGGGUGGUAUGAAUACAUACAACAGCCGGUUCUGCCAGCCAGCCUUGCUUAUGUGUUACUUUACUUCAAUGUUGUCCUCGCUCCUGGUGGUUUGAUGACAGCAUUCUUGACACAGCACGGUUUAGAACCUUCUAUUAUUGGAGGCUUUAGUGGAUUAUGUGCUUUUAUGGGAGUUGCAGCUACAUUUGUAUCUGCAAAGAUGGUCAAGAGAUUUGGCAUUCUAAAGGCCGGAGCAGUUGGCCUGAUAUUUCAGGCUUCACUCCUUACCGUUGCCGUUGCUGUGUACUGGAGCGGAUCUCUUUCUCAGCAGAUUCCACUUCAAUUCUUCUUGUGUUUAAUUGUAUUAUCUAGAUUGGGACACAUGUCCUAUGAUGUUGUAGGAGCACAAAUUUUACAAACCGGGAUCCCACCAUCAAAAGCAAAUUUGAUUGGGGCGACGGAGGUUUCAGUUGCAAGUUUGGCAGAGUCAGUAAUGCUCGGGGUUGCAAUAAUUGCAAAUGAUACUUCAGGUUUUGGAUUUCUGGCAAUGCUCUCACUUCUAUCAGUAGUUGGAGCAGCUUGUUUAUACUGUAGAUGGUUGAAGAAUCCAACUGAUACACAAAGGAGUCUCUUCUCGUUUGAGCCUCAGAUUUCAUAGUCUGCAAAGGUCUAAUGUAACACAAGCUGACUGAAAAGAAGAUUUCAUACUGUCUUAUCGAUACAAAUGAAGCCCAGCUAUGCUUUUCAGUCACUCGGUUCGGAUUGUACACUUUGAUGUGAAAUCCGACAGCAUGCAUUCUACACCAUUUCCCCCGAUGAAAAAUUCAAGAUGGUCCGUCGCUAUAGAUUGGGGCAAGCUGUGUGCAAAUACAUUCAAACACUGUGUCAAGCAUUUUUAUUGUCGUUCUAGUCUAGGCUGUUACACAACAUUUGGUAGAGAGAGAGAGAGAGAGAGAGAGAAGUGAUUUUUGAAUAAUAUAUUAUUUGUGUAGAUGGCAUAUGUGAACUAUAUUUGAGAGAUUGAGCCAAGAAUUCAUAAUGUUCAUUUGCAUGAAGACGAUAAAAUUUGAGGGCAAGUUUGAUUUUAAUUA